AUGUCCUUAGGCCUCCGUGUGACAAACAUCCAUGACGAAAUGGACCAGAUGGAACAGAACAUAGUCCGAGCUGUUGGGAGAGCCCUUGCAGAUUCAAAUGCGGAAUCUGCACGAGUUGCGGCAGAUACCAUCGACCGACUCAUUCGCAUGAAGUAUAUCGAAGAAAGGGGAAAUGGGAAUGCAGAAGACCUUGAGACCUUCCUCUGGCAGCUGUGGGAUAUUGUCAUCCAAGGCGCCCGCGAGAUUCUCCAUGACCACCCCCUUCAAGACAGGCUCGUGGAGCUAGUCAGUGCUUUGACAGAGAUACCCCCAGUGACCGUGGAGCUUUGGGAGUCGAAAACGUGUCUCUGGACCGAUUUACCGCUCCUAGGGCCCAGUAUGAGAGAGGCAUGGAUCUCACCAACACACAACAAUAGCAGACCCACGAGCGAGGAGGCAGUGGAGUGGAUCAACCUUAACGCCUUUGCUGCCAGGCUCCUAAAUCUUGAUGCGAUCUCGUGGACUGAAUUUGCAGUUUGGGAACUUCGAGUAGCGCUAGAAGAACCGUGUGAGGGGCAGGCUCUCGAGUGCAACGUAGUUGUGGCAAUGGUGUGGAUCAAGCAUGCCGGUCAUAUUCUCUAUGCCCUUGCUGUCAGUACGGGCGAAGACACCGACAUCCUCGAAGCUGCCAACGGUCUAUUUUAUGAGGGGAGGAGUAUGUUGUGUCUAGAACGUUGGGAAUUCUGGAAGCGGCGGUUUAGUGAACUAAGUGGACAUCUUGAGGGUAAUGCAUACCAAGUAGCUUUCGAAGCAGGGAAAGAGAUGGAAGCAAUCGAACGGUCGCACAAAGGAUAG